CGCCAAAAAUUAAUAGCCAUGUGCAACACUUGUGCAUCUCGGAGCUGAAUCAUCCUCGGCCUUGUUCAUCGUCGGGGGGACCUGCAGGGAUGCUGGCUGAAGCUAAUCGGCUCACCAAAACACACAGCGCUACUGUGUGCUUCGUAUAUCAUUAGUAGACAAAAAAAUGACUGUAAAAUUCUACAUGACCACCGUGGCUACAAACCGAGAUAUAUACAUCAAACAGAACCGAAUAAAGCUGAUUCUGGACGGUAAAAAGAUUCCUUAUGAGGAGAUAGACCUCAGUAAAAACCAGGAAGGCAGGGAAGAAAUGAGGGCUCUGGCGGGGAUUCCAGACUUAUUACCCCCUCAAAUAUUUAAUGACAACACAUACUGCGGGGAUUUCCAAGCAUUUGACGACGCCAAUGAAGAUGGAAGAUUGCUGGAAUUUCUACAUUUAAAGUGAUGUGAUUUGAAGGACAAAAUGAAGGGAAUGAAUGAGAGAAAGAAUUUCAUAAUAAUCAAAAAACACUUGCUUUAUUUGUUUAACUAUAAAUUAGCAUUAUACUGCCAUAUGGAUACCAAGCCAUUAUGGAUAUUGUUUAUAUCAAUGUUGUUGUAAAAUAUUAUAUGUAAACCAAA